AAGCAUAAGUAUAAUCCAGGUGGUGUACUUUGCACGACGCCUGGAUGCGGGAGGGGAGAUCAUGACCAUGAUCAUUGUUAUGCGAAAGGUGGCAGCAUGGAAGGUCGAGCUCCAUGGCAGCGCAAAAAGAAGAAGUUGACUAGUACUCACGCGGCAGUAUCCGCCACAUCAGUAUCCACUACGAUCCCUGCAUUUGCCACACCAGCGAACCCCGCGCCCUUCACUUUGAUCUCUCAUGCGUCCACAGGGCCCACCUUCUCGCCACUUAUUUCCCUCUCGCCACCCGACAGCGUGACUCAUAUUAUCUCUACCAUACUGGGCUGUAGCACCUCGUCCACGCUCGUUAGAGACCGUGAAUUCUUUUGGUCGUAUUCUACCGCCAAUCCUGUCACCGUGCGCACGGCCAAUGGCGGGCAUCUGGCCAUCUCUGGACGUGGUGAUUGCGUAGCCUGGCUCGCUAUCAACGGAAAUCGCCAUCGUAUCCGUCUGGCAAACUGUCUGCAUGCUCCCGACACGAUGGUCAAUAUUCUUUCGGUUGGGCGGAUGAUCACUAAGGGCUGGGGUUGUAAUUUUCGUUGUAAUCCACCUCGUUGUGAGCUCGUGUAUCGUGGAAUUCCCGUUGGGGAUAUUCUCAUGUCUGGGGGACUCUUCUCUGUCGAUCUCACUUUCAUUCGUCCUGUGCCGGAGUCUAUCUCGCUCGCUCCACAGCACAAUGCCUUUUCCUUUGCGAACAUUGCUCAGAACCUCGAACUGUCGCUCACUUGCAUUAGAGGUGACACCGAUAAGGAUCCGGAGGAGUGCUGAUUGGGCAGUCCCACCCUAUCCAAAUUCAAGUCUUGCAUCAUGCCCACUA